GUUUAGCGCCGCGCUAGCUAGAGUCUGAAGACAGCUAAGGGCCGAUCAGUCGACCCACACCAGGCCAUCACCAAAUCCACGCCUAGCUUCAUCUGUCCAACAAACCCACCCACAACAAAGUCCGAAGAAGGUUGCGAGCUGCUGAAGAACAACUCUGCGCCGGUCAAAUACGUCAUCAUGAGUCUUAAUCAAUUCAACUGUGAAUCCGUCUCCGAUUCCGAAACUUCCAUCAUUUACACGCCUACUGCAACUUCCGCAAAUGUUACCGCUGGUCUCGUAGACCAUGAGGACACAUCCAGCGGUGUCCCGUCAGACGGUUCCACCGUUAUCAUCCGCUCUAUCUCGUCGGGGCAUGUAAUCACACUGCUUGACGGGCAGGUUGUGCUGGCCUCCCCCGGCGGCCGUGGCUCCAUCCACUGGUCGUGUGUGGAAACCGAAGGCUGGCUCGGUUUCCGAAAUCGCAUCUCGAACAAGUUUCUGUGUCACGAUUGGAACGGAAGACUAAAGUGCUCGGCGGAACAGAGUAGUUCAUGGAGGCACUUUACCAUCACUCCGAUACCAAAGGGGGGUUAUGUCAUGCAGAUGUUAGACUGGUGGACACUUCGACCUGUAGUGAUCAAUCCAGAACAAGGGCUGCAGAAAAUAGGGAGGACGGGAAAUAAGUUGGCCGAGGGAAUCAUCUGGGAAUUUAUCAAGGUUGAAUAGGAAUAAUGCUUGGUGUAUUACACUGUAGCUGUGUAUGAAUUGUUUGAAU